AUGAGCCUCUUCCAUCGCCAUGAAAGCCGCAAGACGUUUUCGGACGUCGACCCUCACCAAUGGGAACUACCAUCACACUUCCCAGGCAGGAGAUUUCCAAUAUCCUCAAAACAUCCAAAGACAGAGAUUCCUGAGCCAUCUAUCUUCCGCGACGCAAUCGUCCCUUCUCUGGGAAAUACAAAUCAAGUCCCAAUUCAAUACCCCACCCCAGGCCACAUUACGGUGCAUCUUUGCCUACUCGAAUGCUUUCUGAAGUUGAAGGAGAGCGUGAUUACUUCUGACCAACUGGAAAUACUCGAUCUGCCAAGUUAUUCGGGCCCGUCGGAGACAGGCGACUCUAGGAAUACUCCAGUAAGCCCAGAGAAAUCACAGCGAUGGGCAACCAUUGUCCGCCUAGCAGUGGCCCGCUUUCAGAUUUGGUUUGAGAAAAUCGAGUCUAUCCUCAGGCACGCGGCCGCAUAUCACCGAUAUGGUUCUAACAGCGAUGCUAGCCACGCAGCAAUUACCGCUGACUAUCUGCCACCGCUGGAUGUGCUGUUGGUCUGGUACGCCUACAUGCAACACCCAGCUGCUUAUCGGGUAGACAACUUGGCGCACAGUUCACCGAAACUGCUCGAGAUUCCCAUGCCAUGGGAAGCAAUCUUGGCCGUCAUCGACACGAAGUCAUUGACAUAUACUCUCCCUGUAGCGGCAGAGCGAUUGUUUACCACGACUACCACUCAGUCGGCCGAUAUACUUGCUUAUCUGACCAAUCCACCGCCUUAUAGCGAAUUAGAUCCGAAUCAAGCCUUUUCGAUCGAUCUAGCCUCCGCGGUCCACGACUUGGUCGGUCGCGCAUCCUUUAUCCCCAAGAUGCAUGCUCUUCUUUGGCUCCGAUCCCCCUCACUUGAAGGAACAUUAGGACGCGCACUGGCUCAAUAUUCCGCCUUGCCUCAAGCAAUAGGGGCUCGAGCUUCGGCCUGGCUCACCCGUGUCAAUGAAGAUCCAACACUAGAGCUAGUUUGGCGAACGCACAUGCUCUACCCCAUGGUCUAUUUUCUAUACAGCCAAAGCGUUUUUGGCAGCGACGUACUAUUGAGGUCGGAGUCUGACGGGUCGCGUCGAGAAACAACAGAGGUCACACCCCUGACACAGAUUGAAUCGGAUGAUGGUGGCUGUCCAUGUUAUUGCUGGACUUGCGAACGCAUUCGGGACGAAAUACCUGACUACGUCUCCCAUUCCAGUAUGAGUCCCGAUGCCCCAUCUCCUUUUAGGUCUCGUCUUGAAUCAUCCCGCGGCUCCUUAUUUCCUCGGUCUUCCAGAAGAGCGCAUUUGGAACCAAGAUCUGAUACGAGCCCCCUCUCAACUUUGAGCAAAGAUCAAAUUGCCAGCAUCAAAGCAGAUAUUGCUUUCCACCGACACGUCGAAGCAUUCCGUCAAUCGAAUCCUCCAGAGGCAGCCCUUCCAACUCGGCCACCAACGUCCCGUGCGGUGGAAAAGCAACGACAGGAACAAGAGGUCAAAGACCGCGUGGGAGUGUACUAUGGCAUCGGUUACACGGUCAAAAUUGUUCGACCUGCUGUAUACGAUGAGACCACCGGCAAGCUAUUGAAGAAAGAGAAAACCAAGGUCACACGGUCAAGGCAUAUGAACUCAGUAGGGGCUUGGGGCGCAGGAUUUAUGGCAAUCUAG